AUCUGAGACCAUGCACUGCCCUCUUCAAGUGCUAAAGGAAGAACGUGAGCGAAUAAAAGAAAUUAGGGCAUUCUCUGGCUUGACUUGACUUUCUGUCCCUCUUUUGGUUCAUUAAAAGCACGUUAUUAGAUAUAAAACGAUAUUUUCAGUAGAGAACCUAGAAGUUCGCAGUUUCCUGUGGGGAGUAUAUUCAUAGACGGAAAGUGAAACUACAUACGGUCAGUAAUACACGUCGAUCUUCCUGGACGCAAAAUGAUCGUCUGUCUUGACAAGUAAAUGGAGAAUCCAUAUUAGGUUUGAGCAGAUGACCAGAUACUCAGAAGUCCAGUUUAUGGUCAGCUCCUGUAGCUGGACUAUUCUUACAGAUACACGUUAUUUACAGACACUGCUCAAAUGUAUUGGUACGAGGCAUGUAGAAUCUUGUCUGGAGAAAUAAUAUUUGUAUAUGGCUAGGCCUCGAAGUGGAAGUGGAAGCGGCUUGCUCUAGAUAACUGCAAAUCUUUUGGUCUGAACUUAAACCCAGAGAAGUGGAUUUAUUGAAAGCUGUCACUGCACCCUGUGCCAACAUGGGGAACUUUUGGGAUUGUUGUGGACGAAAAAACCCGUGUGACCAUGCAGAGGAUGAGACUAAAGGUUUACUGCACAGCUCUGAAUCAAAGACAUCAACUAAGGCAGGAACUGAUGUCUGCACCAGUCCAGCUUCAGAUGAAGAGCACAGGCAUGAAGAUGGAACAAAACCACAGCAGGGUGAAUCGGUUAUAACACAGCAGCCAAUUGCAGAGGCUAAAGCACACAGCUCUUACUCUACAACAAUGUCACUUUUACACACUGGCGUCCCUCUGGCUGCUGAAGCUAAUCACAGUGAUUCUCCUGAAGCAGCUCCAACAGAAGCUGUAAAGUUAGCUACAGAACCACCAAAAACAGAGACUGAAAUCACUGAAGAAAUCCAGACCAUUGCAGCUGAAGUCUCAGAAGCACCUCAAGACAAAGUUGAAGCACCUGCGGAGACCGUUGCCUCGGUGAAAGUGGAGAUAGAGGCUCAGAAUGGGUCAGGUGAAGAGGUAGACAUCACAGCUGCUCCGACAGAUGAUGCAGAUGCUACCGCAACAAGUUCAGACUCCACAGUCGCACCUGCUUUAGAGACACCUGUUAAGGAAGCACCUGUUCAAGAGGUGACUGCACUUGCCCAGGUAGAAUCUGAGAAUAACUCCUCCCAACCAGAGUCAGAAACACAAACAAAACAGAAACAAAAUGUAGAGAUGAUUGCAAAUGAGAAAGAAAUGAUCCAAACUGAGGAACUUGCUCUCAAUGAUACCAGUGAAGUGACACAUGAAGAGACUGGUCUCAGUGACACUGGGGAUAUUUCACUGCAGGACAGCAGCAGCACAGAACCUGCCUCAUGCAUUUUAGGUCAGUCUAAUGAGUCGGAUGUUAUUGAGAAAAGUGUAGCUGAAGUGACAGCUGAGGAACCCAUCGUUGAGCAAACAGCUGAAGUAGAGGACAGACGUUCAGAGGAUACUCAUUCUGAGAUGGCAGAACAGAAACAAGUGCCAUCUGAAGUUUCUCAAACUCAGGAACAUUCAGAGGAAGCUACAUCUCCAGAUGUUGAUAUUACCAAUGGACUCUCUUCUGCCUUAGAAAAUGAUCUAGUGAAGGACACUGGGAGUCAUACAGUUGAGAAUGAAACAAAUGCUGAUGUCUUGGCAGUGGAAAAGCUGCCUCAAAUAGAAGACAUAGUCCAGAAAUUGAAUGAAGAAACAUUGGAAACUGAGACUCAAGAGCAACUGUCAUCUAAACCCUCUACACAAAUUGACAGCACUAUUGAUGUGGACAAACCUGAAGCCGUGGAUUCUGUGAAAGAUCUAGAGAAGAGUGAAGAGGUUGCAGAGCAAAAGCACGAGACAACAGAACCCAUUCAGAAUGGCCUGGAUUCCACAUGUGCUUCAGUGCCAUCAAGUCCCAUUGAGAAAACCACACUCACUGAUGAAGCAACAAGUGAUUUAGUUGCUCUAGAAGACACUGAGGCCAAAGGUGAUGCUGCUGUGUCGAGUGAUGCAAAAUUAGUGGAGGAAGUUGUAAAAGAUGCAGAAACUGGACCUCAACAAGCAGAAGAUGAAAUGGUGAAACAGGAAGAGGAAUCUAGUGCUGCCCAGGAAAACGAAGGAAAAGAAGACACUUCCAUCCCCCCAAAAUCAGAGAUCCUUUUUAGCAGUAGCACAGUAAAGGUGCAGCUGAUACAGAAAGAUAUAGAAGAGAGUGUGGAGGAAGUGCACGACACACUGGAUGAGAGUGCAGACCUAUAUCUGGGAGCUGAGGAGAUUGAAAUGGGGGCCAGCAAUAACAACCCAUCCAAACCACUGCUGGAGCUUACAAUUCCUGGUGUAGAGACCAGAUGUAGCUUAGCACCAGCUGUAGACAUACUGGGCUACAGUGAGAGAGAAUGGAGGGGAAACACGACCAAAAGCACUCUUAUCAGAAAGGGCUACAGUGAGAUGUCCCGUAGCUUUAGCGGUCUGAGGAGAGUCAGAGGCGAUAACUACUGUGCCCUGCGAGCCACGCUGUAUCAGGUGCUGACGAACACCACAAAUAUGCCUACCUGGCUGCAGAAUGAAGACUUUGUAUUGUUACCAGAAGCUCAGGAGCAUUUGAUCAGUGGAUGGGUGUUUCCUGCAGAAUGCAAGUCAGGAAGUGAGAAGGAAAGUUCUGUGGAGAGACUCAAAUAUUGUUUGGAUCUCCUUAAAAAGAAGUGGCAGGCAGCAGCAGCCUGUGAGAGCCCAGAGGAGAAGCACAAUUUGUGUGAGCGUGUGUUUCAGGGUGGAGAAGAGGAGUAUGGUCUUCUGGAAGCACUAAAAUUUCUAAUGCUGGCUGAAGCUGUUGACCUUCAUCACAAGAUGACGACAGAUCAAGAAGUGCCUGUGUUCUGCUGGCUUCUUUUUGCCCGCGACACAUCAGAAAACCCUCAGACCCUCCUGGCCAAUCACCUGAGCCAGAUCGGCUUCAGUGGAGGGGUAGAACAGGUAGAGAUGUUUCUAUUGGGCUAUGCCUUAAAGCACACCAUUCAAGCCUUCCGUCUGUACAUGACAGACACAGAGGAGUUUGUGACACAUUACCCAGACGACCACAAGCAGGAGUGGCCCUGCGUGUGUAUCGUCACAGAGGACGAUCGGCAUUACAACGUCCCUGUCAGGAGGAGCAUUCAACAUCAGCACAGAGAAGAUAUCACGAUGACCUAACAACAGAGACCUCGGAGAGCAAAUCUGAUCUACAAAGUGGCAUGAUGUUUGUUUUCUGAUAAUGUGUUGGUCAUCCAUGGAAUAAAAAGAUGAAGGGAA